AAUUGCUUUUUCCUUUAUGAUGGCUCCAAGGUGAAGGAGGAGGGGGACCCCACGCGAGCUGGGAUUUGCUAUUUCAGCCCCUCUCAGACGCCUCUGGGCCAGCAGGAGCUCCUGUGCAGCCAGGUGGCGGGCGUGGUCCGCUGGAUGACGGAGCUCUUGGGCUCUCCACCGCAGCUCAUCCGGCUGAGGAAGCUCAAGUUUGCCGUGCGAGUGGACGGCAGCUACCUCUGGGUGCUGGGCUGCCCUACUGACCUGCCUGACUCCAGCUGCCAGCGCUUCCUGGAUCUCCUGAUCGGCCUCUUCUGCUUUUACAACGGGCCCCUUCCUCAAGCUUAUGAGGAGCGGCCGUGGGAAGAGCUAGACCAGGAGUGGGAGAGGUAUGUGAGGCAUUUGCAGCACAACCCCAGCGACCUGCACCGGAUCUUCAGCUCCCUUUGGGCCAUGGACAAAACCAAAGUGGAUCCGCUGCUGCUGCUGAAAGCGGCCCUGAUCCUGCAGACGUGCCAGCGUGCUCUCCACGUGCUGGCUGGGUGCAUUAUCUACAAGGGGCUGGUUGUCAGCACGCAGUUGCCACCCAGCCUCACUGCCAAGGUUCUGUUGCAAGAAGCAGAGACAAAUCCCAAGGGGCUGCCUGUGAACGGAGGCCAGCUGCAGGAACAGAAAAGCCUUCAGCUGCCUCUGGAAGCUUCCCGUUUACCUGAGGGGGUCCGGAUAACCCCCGUUUAUCUCUUAGAAAAUGAAGCAGCCACAUUGCGGGACUUUCCUGUGGAGUGGAUGGCCAGGAGUCCAGGGCCCACAGCUGCAGCGUCGGCAGCCGCCAGCAAUGGGCCUGGCGGGGCGGCCUUGGUGAGGAUGGCCUUGUACGCCCACCGUGUCCGAGGCCUGGUGCUGGCCCUCCUGGCUGAAGAGCCCUUUGUGGAGAGUGAGGGCUCCAUCGAGGACGUGUAUCACAGCAGCCUGGCCUCGCUGAACGGCCUGGAAGUCCACCUCAAGGAGACCCUUCCGAAGGACGGCCCCUCCUCGCUCAAGAGCUCCUAUGGCUUUGCACACUACGACUCGAUCCAGAAUGUUCUCACCACCAACUUCCUGCCAACUGCCAGCCCCCAGGAGGAACACUUCCUGAGAGCCGUGAGCUUGAUCCACGCUGACUUUGACCAGCUGCCAGCGGCGUCGGAAAUAACUGUCCGGAAUGCCUCCACAGCCGUGUACGCCUGCCAGAACGCUGUCCAAGAAACGUACUUCCAGCAACUGGGCUCCCCUCUCCGCCAUUCGGGGGCACCUAAUCCCCGGGACAGUGCCUUUGCCUUGCCUGCCAAGGCCAAGCAGAAGCUGCUGAAGCACGGAGUGAACUUGCUGUGAGCC